AUGCGGACAUUGUGGACGAUUUUGGCGCUGCUUGGACUGGCCCUACUGUGCUGCAGUAUGCCGUCGGGAUGGUAUGGUGGAGAAGAGGCGCCUUACCUCUUCAAGCGUGACCUCUAUGGCGAAUUUUCACCCAACGCUGAUCUACGUGCACGCCUUAUGAGCCUCGUUUCGGACAACAAGUUGCUCUCGGCACAACGCCUCGGU